AGUCAUGGUAGACAUGUGAAGGUGUCCAGUUAGAUAUACCUAUUAUCUCGUUGCACACCGCAAUAGUUAUGCUAACCCGCUAGCUAUAGGUGGCUUUGGUAUGCGUAAUCCUUGCCAUUUGCUUGCUUGGCAUGGCGGGGCAGUGUGUGACAAAAGUGGAACUGACCGUAUCUUGUGAACAUCUGCUGGACAGAGAUGUAACAUCCAAGUCUGAUCCACUGUGUGUCUUGCUGAUGAACUCCUCAGAAUCACAGUGGUUUGAGGUGGGCCGCACUGAGAAGGUGCAGAACUGCCUCAACCCAAAGUUUGCCAAGAAGUUUAUGUUGGAUUACUACUUUGAGGUGGUACAGAAGGUUAAGUUUGGCAUUUACGACAUUGACAACGCAACAGUGGAUCUUGGUGAUGAUGACUUCCUUGGAGAGUUCGAGUGCACACUUGGUCAGAUCAUCUCUAGUAGUAAGCUGACUCGGCCACUGGUUCUAAAGAAUAAGAAACCUGCCGGCAAAGGAACCAUCACGGUCUCUGCUGAGGAGAUCAAGGACAACAGGGUGGUGAACUUUGAGGUGGAGGCUAGGAAGCUGGACAACAAGGAUUUCUUUGGGAAAUCAGAUCCUUACUUGGAGUUCUACAGACAGCUGGAGUCAGGGUGGCAGCUUGCACAUCGGACAGAGGUUGUGAAGAAUAAUCUGAACCCCUGUUGGAGACCCUUCAGAAUCCCUGUACAGAGUCUAUGUGGAGGAGAUAUGGACAAACCUAUUAAAGUGGAGUGCUACGACUAUGACAACGACGGGUCUCAUGACUUGAUUGGGAUAUUUGAAACAACGCUUACGCGCCUGACAGAGGCUUCACGCACAACACCGGCAGAAUUUGAGUGUGUGAACAUGAAGAAGAAGCAGAAGAAGAAGCACUAUAAGAACUCCGGAGUUGUCAGUGUCAAGCUGUGUGAGAUCGUGAAGGAGUACACGUUCCUGGACUACAUCAUGGGAGGGUGUCAAAUCAACUUUACGGUGGCGGUGGACUUCACCGGCUCCAAUGGUGACCCUCGCUCCCCUGACUCGCUGCACUACAUCAGUCCCAGUGGGGUCAACGAGUACCUGAGCGCCAUCUGGUCUGUCGGCAUGGUGAUCCAGGACUACGACAGUGAUAAACUGUUUCCUGCACUUGGGUUUGGAGCUCAGGUUCCCCCUAACUGGCAGGUCUCUCAUGAGUUCCCUCUGAACUUCAACGCCACCAGCCCGUACUGCCAGGGUAUUGAAGGCGUAGUGGAGGCCUACAGACUAUGCCUCCCCCAGGUGCGCCUCUACGGCCCCACAAACUUCUCCCCCGUCAUCAACCACGUGGCCAGGUUUGCUCACCAAGCAGCCAGUCAGAAGACGGCGUCGCAAUACUUUGUGCUGCUCAUCAUCACGGACGGUGUAAUCACAGAUCUGGACCAGACACGCUCAGCCAUCGUCAACGCCUCCCGUCUGCCCAUGUCCAUCAUCAUUGUUGGCGUGGGCGGCGCCGACUUCACCGCCAUGGAGUUCCUGGAUGGCGACGACGGCCGUCUACGCGCCCCCAGCGGCGAGACAGCCAGCCGAGACAUCGUGCAGUUUGUGCCUUUCAGAAACUUCCAGAACUCUCCAAAGGAGGCCCUGGCCCAGAGUGUUCUGGCUGAGGUCCCUGGUCAGCUGGUCACCUAUUUCAACAUGUCCAAGCUCACCCCGCCUUCUAAGCCUUCCCAGCCAACGCAGACCUGAGUUCCUACACGUUAAUAAAACCGCCCCGUGCCGAGGGAUGCCUUACCCCUGUCAAAGCUGAACCUUGUGAGCUGUCAAUCAAACCCCUCUCAAGGCAGCACACACAUAUACACCUCCUUUAUAUAACCCCUCCGACACUUGGUCUGCUAAAUGAACUGAAACCGGAGAAUCUGUGGUCCAUGUUUUAUAUGGUGUCCUCACACACACACACACACACACAUAUUACUUUUAAUACUCUAGCAUGUGCAUGCUACUCUCAGGCUUAAAAACGCAGUGGAAUAGGAAGGAUAUUCUUCCAGGCAAAAGGGUGAAGCGUUUCCUUUAGAGAAGUAAACAGAGUUGUCAAAGUAGCAGUUUUCAAACCGUUACCGUGAUAGCAGUUUGUUGCUUUCUUUUACCAACCUUGACCACAACAAGCAACCACCUCAACAUUUCAUCUCGCAUUCCGCCGCCCUCAUCUCAACAAUGCCAUACCAGCAGUUUAUACCCUUUAGCCUGCGGGCUAUGUGCUGGUUGUCGUACGCCAUACAACAAUGCACAGUAUGCAAAGCCAUCUGUAGAUAGACGUUAACCUAAUGUGACCCUCUAGCUUCAUGCAUUAGCUGGCUAAAGCCAUAUUCGCCUUAUUCACCCCGGCGGCCAGAACGAGGCUAAAGGGUACACUUGCCAUUACACCCAAGUUGUGAAAGUUGAGAGAGACUGAGUGAAGCCUGGUCUCAUCCUUGGGUUUCCGGAAAUGUGUUAACCAUUUAGAAAGUCUUGUUUUGCCAGGAGGGGCACCAGGGAAGGAGACUUGCAAAAUCCAUGAGUCUAAGGUUUACAGUAUAUUAGUUGUUUUAUUCAUUGUUUUUAAAAUUAGAUUAAAUUAAACGAGUCACCCACCAUAGCUUUAUAUAAACAAGUAUAGGCCAAUUUAUCAUACAUUAGUUCAGGGAAAAAACUAGUUGAUGUAACAUUUGAUUUGAUUGGUUACCUUUCCGACAUCUCUGCUGCUCCCUAGCUUUAGCACUGUGUAUAGUUCUCCACAAGGGGUCAGUCUUUAACCUCUAAUGGGCUUGGCCUUUAGUAUACAGUAUAUUUUUGAAAACUUUUUACGUGUCCACUUUACAUAUUUUGCUACAGGUAGUAGAUGCUAUAUAUUAUGACUUAAGUAUUAAUUGAGAGCAGUUGGGUAACAUAAGGUGCUUAUGUUUUUCGGUUCAACCGUUUUUACAAUAUGUAUUUUCAGUCAACUCUUUUUAUGUUAUUGUUUAUUCACAGCUUUUUAUAUGAUGUGCAGUUCAUAUGUAUUUGUUUAUCAACUGAAGGUUUCUUUGCACAGAAAUUUGGAAGGCAACAUGUGCACACACACACACACACACACACUGCUUAACCUUCAGCCAUCUACCAAAAGUGCCGGAAAUGGAAAAAGUCACAAUUAUACAGCUUUAUUUCACAGUACUUAUAUAAAUUUAUAUUAUACAUAUAAUUACAAGAACAUGUUAUGAAAAAUAGGCCUCCUCAAACAGUAAAUGUUUCUCUUAAUCAUGCGGUCUUUAUAUCUUUAGUUUAUUUAAUUAUAAUGGACUCAAUACGAUCUGCAACUGACUGUUAUUACGCCAUUAUUUCAUGGAUGAUGCCAUUACAGAUGAAUUUCCCUGAAUGCAUAACCUGGAUGUUAUAAGGAACCCUGAGUAAUCUUAUAUGUUCAAGAAAGACAUUCUGUUUGCAUAAUCUGCACAGCCCAUCUAAACAUGUAUUUAUGAUUGAUGUAUUAAGAAUGAUAAAUUAUGUUUAAUCUGAGCAUUAGAUACAAUAUCACAUGUAAUCUGGAUAUCACAAGAAAAUCAUCAUAUUUUAUCUGGACAUAAAACAAUUCUGUAUGAAGUUUUAUAUUUGGAAUACACCUUAGCUUGUAAAGUGGUUUGGUGGAAAAAACAAAUAACAACUAUGUAACAGACAAAAUAAAUGCAUUCUGUAAUUAC